UAUGGCGGAGCUCGUGUCGUUUCCCGCCAAGCCUUUCGCGGAGCUCUCCUAUGGCGCAUCUCGGUUGUAUUGCGAUAUAAAUUAAUUGUGUUUUCUUACGGUUUUUUCAAGUUUUCCGACGAAAAUGGGGCAGUCGGACGACGUUGAAGAUUCUACAUAUAGUAGACAUCAAGAUUUGUGUCAGAAAUUAAAUAUGGAUGCAACUGCUGCAGCCGAAGCCUGGAAAUCUUACGAAACAAUCAGACAAAAUUAUACUCUGGAGGGUGAUCAGUUGCAUUGGAUAGGUUGUGCAUUGUAUGUAGCAUGCCGUAAGUCUUCUAUACCUACUGUUGGAAAGACUGGUACUAAUGUGGAAGGCAAUUGUGUGUCAUUAACACGAUUGUUACAAUUGUGUAAUCUUCCAUUGAUACAAUUCUUUACCAAAAGUAAGUCUUGGGCUGACAUGGCCAAUAUGCCACAAGAUUUUCGCUCAAAGAUAGAAAAACUUGAAGGAAACUUUGCUGUUUCUAUGGUUAUAUUUAAAAAGUAUCAGCCGAUCUUUACUGAUGUAUUCAAAGAUCCAGUGGAUGAUAUCUCACGACCACAUAGAUCUAGACGGCAUAAAGCUAUACCUUGUACUCCUGCAAGAGUAUUUGAAUUUUGUUGGACAUUAUUUAUUUGUAUAAAGGGAGCAUUUCCAGAUAUUUCAGAUGAUUUAGUAAAUUCUUAUCAUCUUCUUUUGGCCUGCUGUGAUCUUAUAUAUAGCAAUGCUUUGUUGGCUAAUAGAAAAGAUCUUUUAAAUCCUAAGUUUCCUGGUUUACCAGCAAACUUUAAUGAUGACAAUUACACUCCACCUCAAACAGCAAAUUGUAUAAUUAGUCUGUUAUGUGAGCGCCAUGAAGCUAUUGUGGUUGAAGCUAAAGUCAUUAAGGAGUAUUAUUUGAGGAAUCAUAUUAAUAAACUGUUUAAUGACAGAGUCUUGCGUGGUGACCAGUCAAAUUUUUCUGGUAUUCUAGAAGCUUUGAAUUUUGAUGGCAACAGCAAAGCUAUUAACAAAGUAUAUGAACAACAUGUACUAAGUGUUGGAGAUUUUGAUGAAAGAAUUUUUUUAGCUGACUGGAGACGAGUCAGAUUAAAUGGAAUAUCAAGUUUGGAAAUAGUAGGAGGAAAUAUAGCUUGUCAUGUUAAAUUAUCAAAACAUAUUUCCAUAAAAGGUAAUGAUGCUAGUAACAAUAUAGGUUCUCCUACACAAAUGAUGAAUGUUGGUGAUCUUCAGGAACAAUUUCAAAUAAAAAGAGAACAAUAUAGUGGUCAAAUACAACAUUUAGCUCCACCUACUCCAUUAACGGGUCGUAAUUACCUUAAGUCAAAAGAUAUUACCAACGUGACACCAGUAUCUACUGCAACACAAAGCGUAAUUCGACUUCAAGCCAUGUUAGCAGGCCAAACAUCACCAAGUGAAAACUUGUUGCAAAUUUUAAACAGCUGUUCUCAAGAUGCAAAGACGCUUGUUGAAUCAAAGGUGAAAGAAAUUGGAGAACAGUUUUGUGCUAACUACAACAAAAGUACAAAUGUCAAUGACGCUACUUCAGAUUUUGGAAAGAAAAGACUUGACUUAGGACAAACUCUUUUCUACUCUCUUUUGGAAAAAAUUUUAAAUGAUGAAAAACGCAAGAAACCAAAUUAUGACGUGACGAAUCUUCUUAUGAACGAGGUCUUCAUUCAGUGUUUAUUCGCCUGUUGUUUAGAGAUCGUCAUUUAUUCGUAUAAAAGUAAUGACAAAAUUUUCCCGUGGAUUUUAAAUGCUUUGAAUUUAGACGCCUACUAUUUCUAUAAAGUCAUAGAAAUUAUAGUCAGAGCAGAAGAUCAGUUACCUCGUGACGUUGUGAAACAUUUAAAUCAAAUAGAAGAAAAAAUUUUGGAAUCCCUUGCAUGGAAAAAUGACAGUCCAUUAUGGGAUGCUAUUCAAUCCACACCAGAAGGUGUACCAAGCUGCGAAGAAGUUUCUUUACCUGGUACAUUAGAAACUGUUGACCCAAAUAUUCCUGGUCAACCAGUGUUAAGAAGAAUUGCUUUGGAUCGUGGCACUCACCAUGACGUACAACAAAGUCCUAUUUCGUCCGCCUCGGAAAGAUUUCAGUCUCCCGUUACAGCAUCCGGCGUAGCUAAGAAACGUCUCUUUCCUGAUACCAGAAUCAGUGGACAGAGCGUAUUGCGAGUAGCGGGGCAAAACGUUUUACCGUCAAAAGUUUUAAUUGACGGUAAUUCAAGAAUCCUUCUAUUACCUGAACUUACAGUUCCAAGAUCGUCUGGUGUGCAAGCUACUAGCACACCGAUGCAAACUGUAACGGUCAACAGGGAACCAGUGAAACCAAAACGAACUGGUUCCGUUGCAUUGUUCUUUAGGAAAUUUUAUAAUCUCGCAAGUGUACGCAUGUUAGAUUUAUGUGGUUCGUUAGAAAUAAUGGAUAUUGAUUUAAAGAAAAAAAUAUGGACCAUCUUCGAGUAUUCCAUCAAGGAACGAACGGAAUUAAUGAAAGAUCGGCAUCUUGAUCAAAUUUUAAUGUGUGCAAUUUAUGUGAUAUGCAAAUUAGCAAAAAUGGAGAAAAAUUCAUUCACCGAAAUCAUGCGGUGUUACCGAUUACAGCCACAAGCAGAGUCUCACAUCUAUAGAUCGGUACUUAUAGCUAAAACAUCGACGGACGAGUCACAAAAAACUAGCGAAGAAAGCGGACAGAAAGAUGUACCAGAUAAAGAGCCUAAUGUUGCACCUCCUACGCCUACGAACAUGGCAGGAACUUCACAAAAUUUCGGUGAAGAAACACGCGGCGAUCUAAUUAAAUUCUAUAACACAGUAUACGUACCACAAGUUAAAGAGAUGGCCAAUAAAUUGGGACUGGCUCGUGGCAGCGUGACAAAUCUCUCGUUAAGUCCAUUACCAAAGGGAAAACCUCCCGCGAGUUCUCCAGUAAGACGUGUCACCAGUAGCAUCAUGACACGUACAUUAGAUCCAAAAGCUAUUUCAGCUUCUCCAGCGCCACAGCUUAGUUAUUGCUUUAGUCGUAGUCCUGCUAAGGAUUUAGAGGCUAUUAAUAAAAUGAUGAUUUCUGUCGAUCCAAAACGAUCCGUUGGAAAACGACUCUUAACGGAUGACACUGAUGUAGAAAUGUCAGAGGCGACGUCUCCUAUUAAAAAAACAACUGCUUUUGUUGCUCGCAGAUUGGAAAAUAUAAUUGGGGAAAGACGUACGCAGAACCAAUAAGGAAUACAAUGGAUUGUUAAAUAGGUUAUUGAGAACUGAAUUAUACAUAGGUAACGGAAGAAGAAUCUUCAGGAGACAUUUUCGUUUUUAUUGAAUAAAAAUUGAUCGAUAUCAACAAGUAGGAAGAGCCGUUUUGAAGUCGAAUAUCUGUUUCUUGGCUGUGUAGCUUAAAAUAAAUGAAAUGUUCGCUUCUCAGGUA